AACCUGCAAGUCGCAAUCGAUGUGUCUGGUAAUGGUCAAUUACCAUGGCCGGCAUCAACUGAACCCGACUCCUCUACCCUGUUCCACGACAUCACCUUCUUUUUAACCUCCGAGUCGCACAACUUCACUAUCUCCAACGGCACAAAGCCCGCGUCUAACACAAGCUACGUCGGUCCCGUCUUAGACCUGGAGCCCUCAUCUACCGUCAAACAUGUGAAUUGGAUUUGGCCCGAAUGUCUCGUAGGAGAUGGCUCUGAUUCAGAAGACUCGGCGCGCGGGGCAUACAACAUCUCCAUGCACCAAUCUUUCCGCUGGAAUGGAACCGACUAUUAUACUGUCUUCGACCUGCCCAUCUCUGUCACUAACAGUAUACCCGAGAGUAACGACCGGGUCGACUGCGAUCUGCUGGAAAACAAGCUUCUUAGCGCGGCGGAGAUCGGCGAGAGCUCGGAUUCGCUGCCUGGACAGCCGUGGGUUGAGGGUGGAGCUAGCACGACGGUGUCGAGUCCCGAUGCGACUGCGACGGGGGCGGUCCUCCGGUACCGCAUCGCUCGAGCUUUGAUCAUAAUUUUCACAAUAUGGAAUCUGGCCGAGAUACACCUGAUACAUCACCGAAUUUACGAAGCAGAUUACACAGUCCAACGCCGGCCGCAAAAGCAAGAACGAAUAUACAUUGCAAGCAUCAAUUGGAACAAUGAGCUCGUUCUACGCAGUCACUGGAACAAGGCACUGACACAGCUGGUCUUGAAGCUUGGUCCUGAAAAUGUGUUCAUCAGCAUCUACGAAAGCGGGAGCUAUGAUAACACGAAAGCCGCGUUGAGAGAACUGGAUUGGGAACUCGAGCGAAUGCGCGUGCCACGGAAUAUCACUUUGUCGCCUGUUACACAUCAAGAUGAACUCGCCGCACCUGCAAGGGGUGAGGGUUGGAUUCGCACUCCUGAUGGGAAGAAACAACUCAGAAGAAUCCCGUAUCUAGCUCGGAUACGGAACUUAGGCUUGCUGCCUCUGCAGGAUCUUGCACGGCAGGGUAUCAUUUUUGAAAAAAUCCUGUUUCUGAAUGACGUUGUGUUCACGCCGAACGACGUUCUCCGACUUCUAGACACUAAUGACGGUGAAUAUGGUGCUGCUUGCUCGUUGGAUUUCUCCAAGCCUCCGAGUUUCUAUGAUACAUUUGCUCUCCGGGAUAGCAAUGGCCAUGAACCCAUCAUGCAGAUAUGGCCCUAUUUCAGUUCUGCAGCAUCACGACAUGGGAUGAAAAAUAUGUCUCCUGUUCCCGUGGCAAGUUGUUGGAAUGGAAUGGUGGCGAUGCCCGCAAGUCCAUUCAUCGCCAGAUCUCCACUUCGCUUCCGAGGUAUCCCCGAUUCACUAGCAAGCUAUCAUCUUGAAGGCUCCGAGUGCUGUCUCAUCCAUACAGACAACCCACUAUCAGUAGACAAGGGUGUUUAUUUAAACCCCUUGGUGAGGGUUGGAUAUAGCGGUGCCGCAUACACAUCUAUUCAUCCGAUGAUGAAUUGGCUCACUACGGGGAGGGUUCUACAGGGGCUGUGGGUCAAUCGACUGCGCCGCUUGGGUAUCAGUUCAUGGUUGAAAGAAAAAGUAGUUCGAAUGCGGGUAGACAGAUGGAGAGCAUUGAGUGCCAGGAAUGAAGAGUAUGGGGAACUUUGUAUUAUCGAUGAGAUGCAAAUUCUGCAUCAAUAUGGAUGGGCCCAUGUAUAA